UUUUAAAUCUCGAGUGAAAAUUUCAAUAACAGAGCAAAGAGAGGGAAAGAAAACGACCAACACAGAGCGCGAGGGCGCCAAAUUCCUUACCAACUUCCAAUCGUUUUUUUCUCCUACUUUUUCGCCUCUAUCGUCACUAUAAUUCUCGCCCUUGUUGCUUCACUGAGCAAUCGGUUUGUUGUUCCUUGAAAUUUGCCACUCGCUGAUCUUUAACGGGAUAUAUCGUUUCAAUUUCGUAACAGUUUGUUUUGAUUUCGUUUUGUGCGGUUCUUCUUUCUCUCAUGGCUAUGGACGAUACUGAGAGCUGUUGUAGUAGACCGGUGGAUGAUUUUUCGACUCAGACCUGGAGACAGAAGCAGAAGGUUGGUGUUUACGUCGAAGUUCUUCGUCGACUCAGACUGUCGCAUGAGGCGGAGACCAGCUUUCCUGGUUUUGAGGAUGAACUUUGGGCUCAUUUUCAUCGCCUUCCUACUAGGUAUGCUAUGGACGUCAACGUGGAGAGGGCUCAAGAUGUUCUCAUGCACAAAAAUCUUCUCUUCAUGGCACAUGAUUCUGCUACUCGUCCUGCAAUUGAUGUCCGUCUCGUACAGGUUCAUUCAUCUCCUGGCACAAACUCUGGCAACUAUGUACAUUCAAACUUGAAGGAAAAAGUGGACCAGCGGUUUUCUGAUUAUGACAGCAAUCAGAGACAACACCCCCCACCAGCAUUUGGUUCAACAACAGAGGUCGAAUCUGGUUUUGCAAUCAGCCAAUUACAUGAUAUAAAUCAGCCUGACACUUUAUCCUGGCCAAUGCAUGAAAUUACAAUAUCAACAAUUGACAAGCCAAAACUACUCAGUCAGUUGACGUCCUUACUUUCUGAGAUUGGGCUGAAUAUUCAAGAAGCGCAUGCUUUUUCAACAACAGAUGGCUUUUCCUUGGAUGUUUUUGUAGUUGAUGGUUGGGCAAUUGAGGAUACCAAACAGCUAAAGGAUAUACUAGCUGAAGAAAUAUCAAAGAUUCAGAAAAGACAUCCUCUAUUUACACCUUGGAGCAUUUCCCCAACUGGGAAGAAAGACAAAAUUGGAGUCAAAUUCAUCACAAAUUAUGUCAACAUUCCACGUCACAAAGUUGGUGCAUGGGAAAUUGAUGCGAGUCUGUUAAUCUAUGAGAAGAAAAUUGUUUCUGGAUCUUUUAGUGACUUGUAUAAAGGCACUUUCUAUGGUCAAGCGGUGGCUAUUAAGCUUCUAAAAGAUGGAAGCUUGAAUGAGGCUGUACGGCGGGAAUUUGCUCAAGAAAUUCAUAUCAUGAGAAAUCUUCGGCAUAAGAAUGUUGUCCAAUUUAUUGGUGCAUCUACCAGACCUCCAAGCGCUUUUAUUGUUACUGAAUACAUGCCUGGUGGAAGCAUGCAUGACUUCUUACAUAAAAAAAAGGGCGUUCUUAGUUUUCCUUCCUUACUAAGAGUGGCAGUUGAUGUGUCCAAGGGAAUGAACUAUUUGCAUCAAAAGAAUAUCAUCCAUAGAGAUCUCAAAGCUGCAAAUCUUUUGUUGGACGAAGAUGGGGUUGUCAAGGUUGCUGAUUUUGGUGUUGCCAGAAUGCAAUCUCAAUCUGGUGUGAUGACUGCAGAAACUGGAACAUAUCGUUGGAUGGCUCCAGAGGUUAUUGAGCACAAACCAUAUGAUCAUAAAGCUGAUGUUUACAGCUUUGGGAUAGUGUUGUGGGAGCUGCUUACAGGGCAGCUGCCUUAUGAUAACCUAACUCCGUUACAAGCAGCAAUGGGCGUGAUCCAGAAGGGUCUGAGGCCUAAGAUUCCGAGGCAUGCAAAUCCAAUGAUCGUGGACUUGCUUGAGAGAUGCUGGCGGCAGGAUCCAUCUUUGAGACCUGAAUUUUCUGAAAUUACGAAACUUUUGCAGCAAACCCUUAAGUAGGCACCUUACGUUCCUGGAACAGAUUACAUAAUAGAAAAUUGCGGAGUGGCAGGGCUCAUCUGGAAGGCGGCCAAAAUCUUGGGCAGGAGCAGAGCGUUUUAUGGUGGAGCGAGGAGGUUACCACUCCUAACUACAUGCAAUUAUCUAUCCUUAACUUAAUGCUGUGAAUUCACAUCUACAUUGCUGUAAAAUAUGAAACCUUUUAGAUUGAGUAAUAAUGACUUGACAAGGUAUUGGAUUUAGAUAUGAUAUUUGUUGUUAAAUGCGAA